AUGCUUAGAGCGAUAUUUGCUAGGACAAGAGUACCCGUACCCUCUGUUCGUUUCUUCCAUCAGACUAGCAUCAGAUAUUCUGCGUCGGUAUUUAAAAUGCCUGCUAUGUCACCAACCAUGACUGAAGGAGGCAUUGUGUCAUGGAAAGUGAAACCUGGUGAUACUUAUAAUGCCGGUGAUGUGUUGUUGGAAGUUGAGACUGAUAAAGCAAACAUUGACGUCGAGGCAGCUGAUGAUGGUAAAUUGUGGGAGAUCUUGGAGAAUGAUGGUGCUAAAGGAGUACCAGUAGGGAAAGCAAUUGCUUAUAUUGCUGACGUUGAUGACGAUUUGAGCUCAUUGGAGAAACCAAAGGUGGAAGAGAAUAAGGAGGAGGAAAAGAAGAAAGGCGAUGAGGAAAAGAAGAGAGAGGAACCAAAGGAGCAAGAGGAAAAGAAAGAAACCAAAUCACAAAAGAAGGAAAGUUCACCAUCUAAACUGUCCAAAUCGAAAGCAACUGAAUCAGGCUCGUCAGAUAUACUUCAAAAGGCUAAUCCAAACCAGAAAUUUUCGCCAGCUGUUGAAUUGCUCUUGCAUGAAAACAACAUAUCCCAUGAUGAUGCUAUUGCCAAGAUCCAAGCCACUGGACCUAAUGGAAGGAUAUUGAAAGGGGAUGUGUUGGCAUACCUAGGAACAAUACCACUUGAAGCAGUAGUUGAUCUUGCCAAGUACAUCAGAUCAAGAGAACACUUGGACUUGUCCAAUAUACAAGUUGCAAAGCCAACUGCUGAAGAUGCUAAAGAGCAAGAACAGCAACAAAAGCAAUCGGGAACAACUGAUGCUAAACCAAAACCUACAAAUGUACUCUCAGUCGAAUUUUCAGCCCCAUUGGCGGAACAUCUCAACAAGAUUGGGUUUAAACAAGCGUUUGAAAGUGCAAUUGACUCGGCCAUCCAUGACACAUAUGCCCACAGGUUCCCACAAUAUGCCACUUCCCCAUCUCCUUCCAUCUAUGAUCAAUACGAUGUAUUUGAAGAAUUAGUUACUGCACCAGUGACCAAAAGGAGAUUUGAAGUAUACGAUCUCAAAUACGAUUUCCAUGGAGAUGCUGCCGUAGCUAAAUCAAGUAGGAAGUUGAAUCAAACAUUACCCAGAACUGAUUUUGAUGAUUUGAUCGGGUUACCCAAUGACAAAACUCCAGUGGUGGAAGUGGGUGCUACUCCAAGAGCAAACGUUUCCUUUAAAGUUAAGUUUGAUGAACAGUUAUCUGACUCAAGAGAGUUUGUCAAGUAUUUCGAAAAUGCGUUGUUGGAAGAAGCUGAGUUGUAUGAUAUUCCAGCCAAUUUGUUAAGAGUAUCAAAUUAG